AUGACGUCGAAGGCUCUCCAGUUUCUGAUGUACCUAUCUUGGGUUCGAGUCGUCCUCUGCAUUGCCUGCCCCAUCUUGAAGUGCAUUGCCCGCGUGGCCACUUUCUUUUUUAUUCCGCCAAACAAGCCGAUAUCCAGCCCGUCCGCCAGUCCAAUUCCAUUCAUCGUAUGCAGUCAUUCUUCCGAACGCCUCGCCGAUUGUGCGCAUGACCAUCGACUGCUGAGGCCUUCCCAAACUCUGUCAGUCCGAGUUGUCUCGGCUGAUUCAGUCAGCCCGUUUAUCGCCGCCAUCAUUCCUUCCCCAAAGACGUCUCGGCACGCCACCCCUAGCAUUCCCCUCCAGUCCCUUCAUUCUCACUCCCGGUCCUCUGGGGAACAGUCCACAUUGUUGCCCGAAUCUGAAAGCAAGAGGACGGCCAGCCGGCGGUCCUCUCUUUCAUCACAUUCCGUCGACUCCGACUCUUCAACCUGGACCGACACAGGUGACUUGGCCGAGCAGCUUGUCAACGAAGAGGACCCUCUGCAGAUCAGACUCCGUAAGUCGGUCGACAGGGAGUUCUCCAGAGGAUCUGGGCUUCGGCCUGGAGGGAAGAGAGUGAAGCGGGUGCACUAUUCGGAGGAAGCCUCCGAGCACCAAGGUGAAAUCGACAAAGAAGCCAUAGAAGUCCCUAAACCCGCUCCCAGACGUAUUUCCCAAACGGAGCGGAUUUUGGCAGCCAUCAUGUCUCCGAACAAUAGGGAAUCUGCCCAGAUGCAUGGCUUGGUAGGCAAGCCGUUACUAUACUUUACGAGUGUUUUUGUAUCAUUAGGCGUUUUUCUGUUUGGCUAUGACCAGGGGGUCAUGUCAGGCAUCAUAACAGGCUGGUACUUUAGAGACUACUUCAACCAGCCUUCUCGAGCUGAAAUCGGCACCGUGGUUGCUAUUCUCGAAAUUGGAGCGCUCGUGGCAUCAUUGUUAGUCGGAAGAAUUGGUGAUUUAAUCGGACGUCGAAGGACCAUCCUCUACGGUUCAAUGAUAUUCUUUGUAGGCGGUGCUUUCCAGACCUUUGCAACUGGCCUUUCCAUGAUGAUGGUUGGUCGAAUCGUUGCUGGGUUAGGAGUUGGAGCGCUCUCUACAAUUGUCCCCGUCUACCAAUCCGAAAUAUCUCCACCUCAUAAUAGAGGGAAACUUGCCUGCAUUGAGUUCACUGGAAACAUUUGUGGAUAUGCGGCUAGCGUCUGGGUUGACUACUUUUGCAGCUUCAUCGACAGCAACUUCGCGUGGCGGAUACCGUUACUCUGUCAAUGCAUCAUGGGUGCUCUCCUUGGGUUUGGAAGUCUCAUAAUCCCUGAAUCUCCAAGGUGGCUGUUGGACAAUGACCACGACGAGGAAGGCAUGGUCGUGAUUGCGAACCUCUACGGAAAGGGUGACCUCCAUAACGAUAAGGCACGACAGGAAUACAGAGAGAUCAAAAUGAAUGUCCUUCUACAACGGCAGGAAGGUGAGAGAUCGUACUCGGAAAUGUUUCGUCGCUACUAUAAGCGCGUGUGCAUCGCAAUGUCCGCUCAGGCUUUGGCGCAAUUGAACGGAAUCAACGUAAUCUCAUACUACGCACCUCUCGUUUUCGAAUCAGCGGGAUGGGCCGGUCGCGAUGCUAUCCUCAUGACCGGUGUUAAUGCACUUUCUUAUCUUGCAUCGACCGUACCCCCUUGGUACCUUGUGGAUCGUUGGGGGAGGCGCCCAAUUCUGCUAUCUGGCGCUGUUGCUAUGAUUAUUUCUCUCUCUCUCAUCUCUUAUUUCAUCUACAUAGAUGUGCCGGCUACCCCGACUCUCACGGUUAUUUUUGUCAUGAUUUAUAAUGCUGCGUUUGGCGCCUCUUGGGGACCCGUUCCCUGGCUUUAUCCUCCUGAGAUCCUACCUUUGAGUAUCCGUGCAAAGGGUGCGAGUCUGAGCACGGCAGCAAAUUGGGCCUUCAACUUUCUGGUUGGAGAGGUUACUCCCGUUCUUCAGGCCCUGAUCAAGUGGCGAUUAUAUCUCGUCCAUGCUUUUUUCUGUGCAUGUAGUUUCGUGCUUGUUUAUUUCUUGUAUCCAGAAACUAGUGGGGUUCGUCUGGAAGAUAUGAACCUGCUCUUUGGAGAUGCCACAAGUGCCAUGCCGACUCCCGCUACGCAGGCAGAACGUGGCUCCCUCAUCGGUGUCGGAUCGCCAGUCCCGUCUCUCGAUCUCCGACGUCAGCAGGGUCAAUUCGGGGCUGAAAGCGCCAUACCAGGAUUGGACAUUGACCCUCCCAACAUCAGUAGUGAUAGCAGUGGCAAGUUCGGUAGCCGUGUCACGCGGGACGGUGGAGACAGCCGAAGUGAAGGUCUUGGUGGUUGGAUAUCGAAUAUGAUCAGCCGGAAUAAGGGCCCGUUGAAGAAAGGAAGCAGCACUCAAUAUCGACGCCUCGAUCAGGAUGAGGAAUAA